AUGACGACUGUCUCGAGGACGCUUCCCUCGGGUGUGAGCGCUCCGCUGACCACAAACAAUGACAACGAUCAUAGCGGAUUGAUUGUUGUGAUCGCCGCAUUCUACUUAGUUUUGGUUCUGUCUGCUCUCCUAGGACGAGUAUACUCUUCAUACCACAGACACAUUAUACAAACGGAUGACUACUUAUUUGGUGUACUUGUGAUUGCGGCGUCUGCUCAAGCAUCAGUGGUGCUAGCUCAAGUCCACUAUGGCUGGGGGACUCGGGCAGAGUCCGUGAGGGCCACAGACAAUCGAAUGCUCAAGGCCGGAUACGCUGCCGACAUUCUUUCUAUUCUAGUCUUGGGUUUCUCUAAGAUUACUACCUGCGUAUUCUAUGAUACUCUCUUCUCACAUAUGCAACGUCGAUUUAUUCGCAUGAUUCUCGGUGGUAUGAUUAUCUGGACAUUGCUUGCCAUAAUUUUGUUAGCCAUUCGCUGUAGCCACGACCCAUGGUACGACAUCAGCGCCGCUCAGUGUGAUAGUCUACUUCCCCGGUGGCAAGCUAUCACAGCUAUUGAUAUCAUCACCGAGGUCCUAGUUCUCCUAUAUUCCGGACUGGCAAUCCAUAAAGUCAGGAUAUCGAUAAAGAAAAAGGUUAUCGUUUUCUUAGCUCUAGAGAGCCGAAUUCUACUUGUCCCCCUCGCAGCACUUCGCUUUCACUACACAACACUACAAAUUGCCUCCAAUGAUCCGGCUCUCAUUGGGGCCUUUGCAACUGUCACUACCGAAAUAUACCUCGCCCUGAGCGUCAGCUGCCUAGUAACCGCAUUUCUCAAAUCUUUCGUUGCGGCCUACGAGGACAAAUAUGGAGUUUCAUACACCGAAGGUGUCUAUGGAACCAGGUCUCAAUUGACAAAACCUGACUCAACAUAUACGACCUCUCAAAGAAAUCGGUCUUAUACUUCUACUAAUGUAGAUCGAUUGAGGGGCUGGGAACGAGAGGAAGAUCCGAUUAUCCACCCAGCAGAUGCCGAUCAAGGGUUACAUGUUAUGAGAACUGUACAAUACCGUGUGCGGGAUGAAUAUAUAGAGCUUACGGACCGUGGGACUGCAAGUUCAUGA